AACCAACUUAAGCGUCAAUCGAGUUCUUGACUCGCGAACAAGUUUCUGUGAAAAUAAGUGUACAUCAGUCUCGAUUGGCUUGAUUGUUGUUGCGCAGCGUGGCGAAAACCUAAUCCACCAAUAUUUCCUAUUUAUAGUUAUUCUUCUGAUCUAGCAGUUCGUUACACACACAAAAAAUCGAGCAAACAUUCUACCUUUGAUCAAAUGAUUUCAAUUCGGUGUUAUCAUAGCCUUGAGUUUCCCGCAAACGUGUCAUUAUAAAAAGUUCCAGAAUCCUCAAUUUCGAAAAACAUCAAUGAAGGAUUGAUUAUAACUCGCGGUUUGCCGAGAAAUAUUCGGAAAAAGGCAUGUAGAUGGCAGAGAGUCUACGUUGCUGCAGACGACCAAAUUCAGCACGCACGUGUACUGUAAGAGUGGCAGGAAAAAAUAAAUAAUCGAAUAAUAAUUUUCUGGAAAAUCAAUAGGAUCCUUCAACAAGCGACGGAAAACUAGGGCUGCUAUAUAGGAAAAUGACAGAACAGAAAAAAGAUAUGAGUGAAGAAGAGAAGCACCAGUUAGCCUUGAAACUUGACCAAGAUCUGGAAGAAUUUAUAAAUUCCCGUAAAAAUACUCCUUAUUCCGAAGGAUGGAAGGAGGAGACGUGGGAGCAGGAAAUGGAACAGCACCCAUUUUUCAUGAAAAAACUACCGGAAGAAGGAGAACCCUUGCCACCUCUCCUUGAAGCUUUUCAACAACUAAAGUAUGACCCUGAUGAAAACACAACUGAAGAUUUAGCUCUGGCUUAUAAGAAUGAUGGUAAUUUCAACUUCAAGCUGAAGAAAUACCGCUUUGCCAUUGCCAAUUAUACUGAAGGACUUAAACAAAAAUGUGGAAAUGUGGAACUUGAAGCAAAUUUAUAUCUGAAUAGAGCAGCAUGCCAAUUUCACCUGGGUAACUACAGGUCUUCAUUGAAUGACAGCUUGCAAGCUGCAAAAUUAAAACCUGAUUAUACUAAGGCCAUCGUACGUGCAGCUCAAUGUUGUUUGCAAUUAAAAAGGUAUGCUGAAGGCCUUAAAUGGUGCGACUAUGGAAUAAGAUUAAAAAACAGCGAUCCUGCGCUCGUUAAAUUGCGAACUGAGCUCGUACAGGGCCAAAAAUUGGAGGAAAGAAACAAAAGAAAGGCAGAAAUAGCAGAGAAAAAAGAACAAGCGUCAAUCAACGAGUUGGUAAACGCUUUGCGCAUUCGCAGCAUCGCAACUGGCAUCAAGGGGAAAAGAGAUGGUGGUAAAACGACAUUGGACUUAUCCAGCAUUGAACCAUGUCAUCCGGCAGCAAUUGGAAAACGCGUUCAUCUGGUCGGCGACGCUUUGGUUUGGCCCGUCCUAUUUCUGUAUCCAGAAUAUGGUGAAACUGAUUUCGUACAAGAAUUCCACGAAGAUUCUUGCUUCAUGGACCAUUUGCAGAUGAUGUUUGAAGAAUCGCCACUUUGGGACUUGGAAAAGAAGUAUAAUCCAACCUCGAUUCGUAUGUAUUACGAGCACAGGGAAAGUGGAAAACUUUACGUAGUUGAUCCAAACUGUUCGUUAAAGGAAGUUUUGUCCCAAAAAACGUACAUCGUUCAAGGCGGAACGCCUGGAUUCAUCUGUUUGGUUGAGGCAAGCCCAUUCCAAAAAGAUUUCUUAAACAGAUACACAAACUGAUACUUCGAGCGGAUGUAUAAUGACGUGAAAGAUAUACAAAUUACACCAAAUUGUUAAAAAAUU